UUUUAUAAACUAAAACCAUAACUCAAUAAUUAAUUAAGUAUCACUGAAUCAAUCAUAUAUAUACAUACAUAUAGCUAGUUGGAAAAUGGCUGACGAAGUGAAGUUGUAUGGGGUCGGAGGAAGUCCAUUCGUUUGCAGAGUGAAAAUUGCUUUGAGUCUCAAAGGAAUCAAAUACGAAAACAUCGAAGAAGACAUCAACAACAAGAGUCCCGACCUUUUAAAGUAUAAUCCGGUUCAUAAGAAGGUACCUGUGUUGGUGCACAAUGGAAAGCCAAUUUCGGAGUCACUUGUGAUCCUCGAGUACAUUGAUGAUGUCUGGAAUAAAGGAUAUCCGAUUUUGCCUCAAGAUCCAUACGAGAAAGCUGUUGCACGAUUUUGGGCCAAAUUCAUCGACGAUAAGCUUGUACCGUUAUCAUUCACGGCUUUUAAGAGCAAUGGAGAUGAACAAGCUAUUGUAGAAGCGUGUGAGCAACUGAAAAUACUAGAAAAUGAACUUAAAGGUAACAAGUUUUUCGGAGGUGACAAUAUCAACCUGAUUGACAUCACUGCCGAUCUCUUGGCCUAUUGGCUUGGAGCAAUUGAAGAAGCUACCGGAAUUAAGAUUAUGACAAAAGAAAUGUUUCCGAAAUUAACUGAAUGGGCUCACAACUUCAUCCAAUGUGAAGUUGUCAAGGAAAUUUUACCUCCAAGAGCACACUUGAUUGCACAUUUCAAGAAGCGAUUUGGUAAGUCGACUUGAGUGUUUUUAAGUUAUAUACGUAGCUAGCUAGCUAGCUAGUCGAUGGCAUGGGUGUAUUACAUAUGUUUUGUGUGCUUAAGAGCAUGAAGUCUGUGCAUAACAUCUGUUGAUGUUGCCAUUAACAAGCAAGGCUUUGUGCUUAAUUAUUUAUGUACGUUGCAAUAUAUAAGUAGCGCUCUUUUUUA